GGAGUGCGAUUCCGAUUUCGAUUGCGAGUGCGGGUCCAUCGUUUCUGAUUUAUAAAUCUGCGAAUCGAGUUGAGUUAAGUCGAGUCGAGUCGAGUCCCGGGUCCGUAACUCCGCCACCCCCAGUGUGUGUGGGUUGUGCAUGCCGUGUGUGUGCCGUGUGUGUUGAUUUUCGUGAUCAUUUUCGCUGGAUGCCUCGGCGCGGGGCUGUCACCGUUUAGUUGUGCGCUAGUCGAGCAGCGAGUAACAUCCGGUCCCAUCCGAUCCGAUCCGAUCCGAUACGAUCCGAUACGAUCCCAUCCCAUCCCAUGGAUAGCUGAUCGAUAGCUAUAGCUCCUGGGAAGUGGAAGUGUGCGUGUUCCGAUUCGAUUUUUUGUUUGGUGUUUUUCGCUGGUGAACAAGUUGACAGCAGACAGAGAGAGAGGGAGUACGAGAGAGAGAGAGAGAGAGGAGAGAUAGGAUAGGAGACAGGAUUUAGGAUCCCGAUCCCGAUCAAGAUCCCAUCCCAUCCAGAGCCAUGGAGGUGCUGAAGAAGGACGCCGCAUUGGGGUCACCCAGCAGCGUCUUCUACUUCCUGCUGCUGCCCACCCUGGUGCUGUGGUACAUCUACUGGCGGUUAUCCCGGGCCCACCUGUACAGGCUGGCCGGACGACUGCCGGGACCCAGGGGCCUGCCCAUCGUGGGCCACCUGUUCGAUGUGAUUGGACCCGCCUCAUCUGUUUUCAAAACAGUCAUCCGGAAGAGCGCCCCCUUCGAGCACAUAGCCAAGAUGUGGAUCGGACCCAAGCUGGUGGUCUUCAUCUACGAUCCCCGGGACGUGGAGCUGCUCCUCAGCAGCCACGUCUACAUCGACAAGGCAUCCGAGUACAAGUUCUUCAAGCCUUGGUUGGGCGAUGGCCUGCUGAUCAGCACAGGUCAAAAAUGGCGAUCGCACCGCAAACUGAUCGCACCCACAUUCCAUCUGAACGUCUUGAAGAGCUUCAUCGAGCUCUUCAACGAGAACUCGCGGAAUGUGGUGAGGAAACUGCGUGCGGAGGAUGGUCGCACAUUUGAUUGCCAUGAUUACAUGAGCGAGGCAACCGUGGAGAUUCUAUUGGAGACUGCGAUGGGCGUGUCGAAGAAGACGCAGGACAAGUCGGGCUUCGAGUACGCGAUGGCCGUGAUGCGGAUGUGCGACAUCCUGCACGCCCGCCACCGCAGCAUCUUCCUGCGCAACGAGUUCGUGUUCACCCUGACCAGGUACUACAAGGAGCAGGGCCGCCUGCUGAACAUCAUCCACGGCCUGACCACCAAGGUGAUCAAGAGCAAGAAGGCGGCCUUCGAGCAGGGCACCCGCGGAUCCCUGGCCCAAUGUGAACUGAAGGCGGCUGCCUUAGAAAGGGAAAGGGAGCAGGAAAAGGAGAAGCAGCAAGAACCAUUGGUGGCCGGAAAUGAGAAUGAAAAGGGCACCCCGGUGGCUGGACUCUCCUAUGGCCAGUCGGCCGGACUGAAGGACGACCUGGAUGUGGAGGACAACGACAUUGGCGAGAAGAAACGGCUGGCCUUCCUCGACCUGAUGCUCGAGAGUGCCCAGAACGGGGCCAUCAUCACCGACACCGAGAUCAAGGAGCAGGUGGACACCAUCAUGUUCGAGGGCCACGACACCACGGCAGCCGGCUCCUCGUUCUUCCUCUCGCUGAUGGGCAUCCACCAGGACAUCCAGGACCGCGUGCUCGCCGAGCUCGACUCCAUCUUCGGCGACUCCCAGCGACCGGCCACGUUUCAGGACACCUUGGAGAUGAAGUAUCUGGAGCGGUGUCUGAUGGAGACGCUGCGCAUGUACCCGCCCGUCCCGCUGAUCGCCCGCGAACUGCAGGAGGACCUCAAGCUGAACUCGGGCAACUACGUGAUCCCCAGGGGCGCCACGGUGACGGUGGCCACCGUCCUGCUGCACCGCAACCCGAAGGUCUACGCCAAUCCGAACGUCUUCGAUCCGGACAACUUCCUGCCGGAGCGGCAGGCCAACCGCCACUACUACGCCUUCGUGCCCUUCUCCGCGGGACCGCGCAGCUGUGUGGGGCGCAAGUACGCGAUGCUCAAGCUGAAGAUCCUCCUGUCGACCAUUUUGCGGAACUACCGUGUCUACUCGGACCUGACCGAAUCGGACUUCAAGCUGCAGGCGGACAUCAUCCUGAAGCGGGAGGAGGGCUUCCGCGUGCGACUGCAGCCGCGGACCAGGUGAACCAGGUGAUCCAGGGGAACCAGGUGACCCCGGCGAACCGGGUGACCCACCCCAGCACACCGUACACAACAAGCUACACAGAACGGACACUUAUCCAUACAUAUAUCUCUACUUGUUGGCAAGUGAUAGUCACCGGUUUAUACAGUAAUAUUGAUAAUAUUAAAUAAUAAACGUGCUCCAACACUCGAUUUAUUGAAUAGUACCUAUAAUAAUUAUUUUUUUGUCGCAUUUAACACGAAAAGCAACCACAACUAUCGUCAUCUUCCUUUAACGUUCUUUUUUUUUGGUUAUUUAAUAAUUAUAAUACCUUUUUUGUGUAAUGAUUUUGACAAUAAAACUUUUGUGUAAUUAUACAAA